UAGUAAAGUAAAAUUAGGUUAAAAAGCACAUGUUAUUGUUGAAUAGUCGUUCAAGUUGUUUGAGUGAAAAUAAUUGGAAUUGUUAUUCUAAUAAUAAGAAUUAUAAGCUAAUAUAAGUUUUAUUUACGAUGGAUAAGACACAGAAAAAAAAGGGAUCAUAUCCAAGAAGAGUUCCCAUCUCUAAAAAAAGACUUUUAAAGUAUGAUAAAGGAACUGGAAUAAACUUGAAGGAAGAUACUACUAAGAUAAAAAGUAAAAUACACCGGGAGAAAUUUAAACUGAAAGAAAAAGCUAUAAAGCAUGCAAUCGAGGAUGCUGCUAGAACAGAAUUACUUUUAACUGAAGAUUAUGGUCAUUUAGAGGCUGAUCCUGGAGAUUCAACGCUUCAAUACAAGCAAUCAGAGAUUGCUGCUAAUGUCGAUAUAACAAGCGCUACUAAAUUCUUUAGACUAGAUUUAAAUUUUGGUCCGUAUUGUUUAAAAUACUUUAAAAAUGGUAGACAUUUAGUCUUAGGUGGAAAGAAAGGACAUGUAGCAGCAUUCGAUUGGGUUACUAAAAAACUUGCUUGUGAAAUGAACGUUAUGGAAUCUGUGCAUGAUGUAUCAUGGCUUCAUGUUGAGACAAUGUUUGCCACUGCGCAAAAAGAUUGGGUUUAUAUUUAUGACAAUCAAGGAAUAGAACUUCAUUGUUUAAAGAGAAUGAACGAUGUUAAUAAGUUAGAAUUUUUGCCGUAUCACUUUUUACUUGCCAGUGGUUCCAGAACUAGUUAUCUCUCAUGGUUGGAUGUUUCUAUAGGAAAACUCAUUUCUUGUUUUUCUACCACAUGUAAUAACAUAUCUGUUAUGACACAAAAUCCAGCUAAUGCGCUUAUAUGUAUUGGUGAUACUAAAGGAGUAGUAUCAAUGUGGUCUCCUAAUUCUAAACAACCGCUAGCAAAAAUGCUUUGUCAUAAAAACAAAAUUGAAGCUUGUGUCGUUCAUCCGUAUGGAACUUAUAUGACCACAAGUUGUUCAAAUAAAUAUAUGAAAGUUUGGGAUAUUCGUCAACUUGCAGGUCCUGUUCAUAAUUUGAUUCUUCGACAUCCAGCACAACAUUUAGCAUACAGUCAACGAGGUCUUUUAGCAGUUGCUAUGGGAAAUGUAGUAGAGGUUUAUAGAGAAUCCAUGAAUGAAAUAAAACCAUAUUUAAGACAUAGAUUAUCAUGGAAUGCGUCAAGUAUGGAGUUCUGUCCAUACGAAGAUGUUUUAGGUGUUGCAACAGCCAAAAAUUUUACAUCUGUCCUAGUUCCUGGAAGUGCAGAAGCUAAUUUUGAUGCUUUAGAAAUAAAUCCAUAUCAAACGAAGAAACAAAGACGCGAGGCAGAGGUUAAAGCACUUUUAGAUAAAAUUCAACCAGAACUAAUAUCAUUAGAUCCAACAGCUUUAGCAGAAGUAGAUGUUCCUAGAUUAAAAGAAAAAGUCGAAGCGAAGAAGAAACUUUUAUAUAUUAAGCCGAAGGAGAUAGAUUUUAAGCCACGUAAAACUAAAUCGAAAGGUAAAGGUGGAACUGCGAAAGUAAUUAAAACUAAAAAGAUUUUAAAACAAUUAAGUCGUAAAGAACACAUAGAAAUGCUCAAAGAUGUAUCUGAAGAAAUUUCUUUGAAAAAGAAGGAAGCUCCCAAGAAAAGUUAUGGUGUCUUAGAUAGGUUUGUAUCUAAGUGAAAAGUAACAAUACUAGUUAAAUUAUAAAUAUUUAAUCAGAUGAUGAUCUUAAUGCUACACAUAAAAAAAAAUGUUUUGAUA